GGUCGACGGACGAACAGGAAGGUCCGUGGCCUAGAUCAACGGUCUCCAUUGCACGCAGGAGGCGCGUUGGUUUACCAUCUCCCCGAGUGGGAGAGUGGACGUCAUAAUUUGUGAUAGAGGGGGUCCGCGCCUGCGCGGCCCCUGCUAAUCUUUAAUUAAAGUUUUUAUGUAUUUUAUAUCAAUUAUAAAAAUUAUUUAUAUUGAAUUUUUGUAAACAAACAUUAAUCUAUUUAGUUUCGCUAUUGAGACUAGUAGUUUCGUUGUUUUUUUUAAAGUAAAGUAUAAUGGAUAAUAAAAAGCAGCUGGGGUUUGAUGGUAUUUGUUCAUGUUUACAUAGCACCAAUGUAAAUAUUCAAACUAUGGAUACGAAAUGAAAAAACAAAAUUAAAUUCUGUGGGUGGGAAAGUAAAGUUGACGGGCCGGAAAGAUAUUCCCGCCUGUAACGCCGCUUCGUGUCGGAAACUGUGAUAUAUAUCACAUAACGCAUCAACGCUUUUUCUCCUAAAAUGGUCGUUCUUCCUCCUUUAAAUCCGAUCUGCCUUCCCUGGUGCGAGCCUCAUCCACUUGCUGGUCUCCCAGGGCUCCUCUUCUUCUCCUUCCACUCGAAGUGUCUUCGCGAUCGGGGAUCCUUUUUUCGUGAUCUGUUUCGGAAUUGUGGCAUCGGUGGCAGGGGAUCAUUUCUCGGAUCAGACGAGCGUUGGUUGAUCUGCUUGGACGGAUCGAAUCUCCGCGUCGCGCCUGACUCUUCCUGUCUGGCGAUGGAACGCACAUUCGAGCUACUUAGCAAAGUGAAAUUUGUCAUCACUUUAUUUGGACUGUGGUUGUGAGUCGGACGCAUGCACACAUAGGCUUUCUUGAAAAGGAGAUAUGCAGGAUUCUACUGAUCAACAUCAAGUUGUAGGUUCACCAAAAGGAACACUGAAGCAAUCUCUUCGCCGUUUGAGUGGCAAGAAGUCCCCGACAGUAAAAGGCCAGCUUUCAUCUCCAACCGUGUUUCCUGAAAAAAGAGGCAAGGCAAAAUCAUUGAAGAAGACUGAUGGCAGUAUCGCUAUUGAAGAGUCUGAGAAAGCAAAGCCACAUGAACACAGGAUCGAUAUUGGUGAUGAAAAAUCUGAUUUGUUAGGAUAUGUAAUUUUCAUCGGGAAGCUUACUUUGGAUAAGAAGGUUAAAAGUUCCAGUGUUGAUCAGCAGCAGGAGAUAGGAACUUCAAUCUCUAAUGUAUUGGAAGCAAAACUUACAAGCAAAGCCCUGAUAUGGGGUUCUAGUAUUCUUAGCAUCAAUGAAGUUGUUUCUGUAUCUUACCAUGCUGGUGUAAGAUAUUUCACUGUCCACGCAUAUCCUACUAAAAGGAGAUCAUGUGGGCUUUGUUGCUUUCUGAAACCACAAAGAGUUCAAAAGGAUUUUCGCUUCUUAGCUUCUAGCUCACAAGAAGCCUUGCAAUGGGUACAAGGUUUUGCAGAUCAGCAAUGUUCAAUUAAUAGUUUACCUCAUCCCAUGACUUCUAAAAAGCAGGAACCUGACAUUGUUUCUGAUGAGCCUCUGUUUGAUCUACCAUACAUAAGAUGUAGAAGUCCACCAAGCAUUCUUGUAAUACUUAAUCCUCGUUCUGGGCAUGGCCGAUCAAGUAAAGUUUUUCAUUCAAAAGUUGAACCAAUUUUUAAGCUUGCAGGCUUCAAGAUGGAAGUAGUUAGGACGACAUAUGCUGGUCAUGCAAGAAACCUUGCUUCCACAGUCAACUUCAGCACAUGUCCUGAUGGAAUUGUUUGCAUUGGUGGUGAUGGAAUUGUCAAUGAGGUUCUCAAUGGGCUUCUAACUAGAGAAAAUCAACAGGAAGCAAUUUCCAUGCCAAUAGGUGUGAUUCCUGCUGGUUCUGACAAUUCACUUAUUUGGACUGUUUUGGGAGUGAGAGAUCCCAUCUCAGCUGCAAUGGCUAUUGUCAAGGGGGGACUCACUGCCACUGAUGUUCUUACUGUUAAAUGGAUCCAGAAUGACAUCACUCAUUUUGGAACUACUGUUUCAUACUUUGGCUUCCUGAGUGAUGUCCUGGAACUCUCUGAGAAGUACCAGAAACGCUGUGGUCCCUUGCGCUAUUUUGUGGCUGGGUUUCUUAAAUUUCUCUGCUUACCAAAGUACAGUUUUGAUGUGGAAUAUCUCCCAAAUACUAAGGUGGCAAAUCCGGAAGCAAAAAAUUCAGUAGAACAACAUAAAAUUGACAUGUCAGACCUCUAUCUGGAUAUAAUGCAGAGAUCAAGAAAAGAAGGCCUUACGAGAGCUUCUAGUUUAUCUAGUAUUGAUUCAAUUAGGACUCCUGGAGGUGACCUGGAAACUACUGGUAGCACAACUGCAAGCAGUGAGCCAUCCGAGUUUGUACGGGCACUUGAUUCGAAGUCAAAGCGUUUAUCCUUGGGGAGAAAUUUAAUGACUGAACCAGAUGAAGUCCUUCAUCCCCAGCCUCACCUAUCUUCAAAUCCAAGCGGCCCAAGGACCAGAUCAAAAUCAAGAACAGAUAGAACAUGGGCAGGUCUAACUGUCACAACUGAUGCCAAAAGUUCUUGGGCACCUACCUCUUUGUAUGACAAAGAAGACAUUUCCUCAACUGUUUCUGAUCCAGGACCAAUCUGGGACUCUGAACCAAAGUGGGACACUCAGCCAAAGUGGGAUGCUGAGCCGAACUGGGAAACUGAGAAACACAUUGAGCUGCCUGGGCCACCACUUGACGACAUUGAAUUAGGGAUGAAGGAGGAGCUAGUUCCAAGCUUAGAGGAGAAAUGGAUUGUUAAAAAGGGCCGAUUUCUUGCUGUCCUGGUAUGCAAUCAUUCUUGCAAGACUGUUCAGAGCCUAAGUUCACAGGUGAUUGCUCCGAAAGCAGAGCAUGAUGACAACUGUUUGGAUUUGCUAUUAAUCAAUGGAAGUGGAAGGCUGAGGUUGUUGAAAUUCUUUAUGUAUCUUCAGUUUGGCCGGCAUCUUUCUCUCCCAUAUGUUGACUAUGUUAAGGUUAAGUCCGUGAAGAUUAAGCCUGCUGCAAACACAAACAAUGGGUGCGGUAUCGACGGGGAACUACUUCAUGUAGAUGGGCAAGCUUUGUGUUCCUUGCUGCCAGAGCAGUGCAGACUAAUUGGUCGUCGUGCCCAGGAACAUGCCUACAUGUGAUUGUCUUCAUGUUUGCGCAAGGUUGCCCCUGUCUCAUCAAUUUCUAUGCUAACGGAAAGAUCGAGCACUUUUACGCCCAUCAAACCACCAACCGUCCUUGGCUACAGCACUCCUGUAUAUUUAAGUAUUUUUUUUGCAUCACGGUGAAUGAAUCCGACGUCUUGUUUACUUCCUGUUUUGCUCCUAUCACUAUCAUCUAACGUCCAUGACUGCUUCAUUCUUCAAUCCCUUCAGAUAUAGGAUUUUGUCUCCCUCAAGUAGUCUACCAGAUUGAACAUUGAGCAUUGAGUUCUUUUUUUUUUUUAAUGUAGUUUUUGUUCUUGCUGAUGUUGUAUGUACACUUCUGUAUUCCAAAUCUUGUACCCAAACAGCAUAUUGGAGGAGUUAUACUAUAUAUUGUGAAAUUGCCAUACAACAGUAGCAGUUUUUUA